UUUGGUGUUGCAUAGAGAAAUGAAUGCUACAGAGGAUUCUUUUCGAUUUAAAAACUGCUUUGCUCUUUUGAUUUUUCACUCGUUGCUGUGGUUUGCUAUGUGGCAGAGGCCUAUUUUUUCACCAAAUGGUUGGUAUCAUGAGCUCGUCCAAGGGGAGCAGGCAUGGAUUGGGCAAUUUGAUCCUCUGUCGCGCCCAGCUCAAGCUCUGAUUUCGUUGGCGCACCCUAGGGUGCUGGAGUUCGUUAAGAUGAACUCUCUUCAUGUUCCCUACCCCUACCCCCCUCUCAUCUCUGUCUUAUCUUUCAAUGAUUGGGCGGACAUCAUAUGGGCCUCCACGUAUGAUAGGGAGUCUUUCCCGCAAAUGACUAAAGCGUACGUGUUAGCAGCUCUUGACAUGAAGGAGGACGACCGGUUAGUUGACGCUUCGAUUAGGGACGAGAUCAUGAUGAAGGAGAAAGUCUUCAUUGAUCUGUGGAAUGCCACCUCCGAAUUCCACUCUGACCUUGUCCACCCUGCCGCAUUGGAUCCUGCUGCGUCUGAACCUGAAUCGGAUGAUGAUCUCCUCCUCACGGAAGAGGAGAGAGCCUUCCAUGAAAAAUUCCUCGCUGAUUCUGGCGCCCAGUUGGCUGUUGGCUUGGCAAAGGAGAAGACCAAGGACGUCAACAAGUUCCUUAGGAAUGCUUUCCUUCCUAUUGCACCGCAUAGAUGGAUAGAGUCGGAGGCUAGGGCGCUCAAAGACAAGAUCUGGGACUUUGAUACGUUCAAUCAUUUAGCUCCGAUUACCGUUAAUGCUUACGGACUCCUCGCGUCUCUCACCCCAGAGGAAUGGGAAACCUGCCAUGAGAGGGCUCUGGAUGAGAAUUCUAAGCUGAUCAAGGGCCCGUACCCUAGAACUGCGGAGGCUAUAAAGCUUCCCACUGUCGGAUUGUUUGAUCCAUUGAAGUGUGCGAUCUCUCCCACUUCUCUUGCGAUUAGGGGGUUCUAUGCAGCAAAGGGUCAGCCUGCCCUGGUCGAAUUGAAAAGGAUCUGGAACGUAGGCAGGCCUUACCUUAAGUGUCGUUGUCUUGAAUCUGGAUUACCAGAUUGCAAGUCCAAUAUUACCUGGUUUGAUCAUGUGUUGUGGUACUUGCUUGCUAAUCCUGAUUUUCUCUUCCCAGCGGCCCCAACCCUCCGAGCAAAGAUGAGGGCAAUGAGGACCCUCCUGAAGAAAUCAUGGAGGGCCCCGGUCCUGGCCAGCGUGGUUUUCUCGGACAUGCGGAACAUCAUGGUCAAAAUGGCGCAUUCAGUAGUGCAGAAUCCUGCCAGAAGGCAGGAGAAGAUCCUUGACGAUGGGGUCUUGAUGAUGAGAAAGUUUCCCAGGAAGAUGGCUUCCCUGAUUCUCCCGGACAGGUACCUCAAGAGUACAUCAAAGCGCAAGAAGCAGGAGAACCGCAGGAAUCCGCAACCCAAAAGGCAGGCGAACACGCUUCUAUCGUAUUAUGUUAGGCCGCGCGCUGAACCAGAGGACGAACGGCAAACAGGCGGAUUGGACCAGCAUGCUGCGUCUGCCACCCCUCAAGGUUCUGCUCUUUCUUUUCAGUUGGACGCAGUAAAUUCGGCUUCUAGCAAGCAGCUGCAGUGGAGCGGCCGGACUGGCGCAGCGGCUAGGAGCCUGUUCCUCCCUUAGGACUGACGUUUUUUUUGCUCUCUGUGCCAUAGGUUUGAUGAUGUACAGCUAAUAAGUGGCUAGCUUUCCCCUCUUAUGUCCCCUUCGCU